CGCGUUCUGAUUGGUCAGAGUGGAGGCGGUGCCGGCGUUGAUUGGCUGCUUUCCUGUGAGGGCGGGGCCGGAGGCGGGCGCGCGCGGCUGAUCAUGGCGGGUGCCGGGGCGCUCCCGCUGCUGUUGCUGCUGCUGGCGGCGAACGGGGCCGCGGGUGAGCCGUGCCCCGAGCCCACCAUCGCCCCCUCCUAUUACACCACCUCUGACGCCGUCAUCGCCUCCGAGAGCGUCUUCGUGGUGGAGAUUUCCCUGGUCUGCAAAAACGGCGCCCAGAACGUGGCUCUUUACGCCGACGUGAACGGGAAGCAGUUCCCGGUGACCCGCGGGCAGGACGUGGGCAGGUACCAGGUCUCCUGGAGCCUGGAGCACCGCCAGGCACAGUCGGGCACCUACGAGGUGAAAUUCUUCGAUGAGGAAUCCUACAGCGCCCUUCGCAAGGCCCAGAGGAACAACGAGGACGUCUCGAGGAUCCGGCCCCUCUUCACCGUCAACGUCGAUCACCGGGGUGCCUGGAACGGGCCCUGGGUGUCCACGGAGGUGGUGGCGGCCGCCAUCGGGCUCGUGGUUUAUUACCUGGCCUUCAGCACCAAGAGCAGCAUCCAGGCCUAAAAACGAUCCCAAAAAACCCUAAAAAACACCUCAAAAAAACCCCAAAAAAUACACCCCAAAAAACUCCUCCAAAAAACACCCCAGAAAAAUAAAAAAAAAACCCUCAAAAAUCCAAAAUUGCCUCAAAAAAAACGUAAAAAACACCGCAAAAAACACCACAAAAAUAAAAAAAAAAUCCCAAAAAACACCCAAAAGAAAUCCCAAAAAACACCCCAAAAAUUCCAACCCCUCCCCCCCCUCAGCACCCCUAAAAUCCCCCCCCCCCCCAUCCCAAAUUUUUGGGGGUUGGGCUGAGGGACACCCGGAAAUGGGAAUGGUCCCACUCAGGGAUCCCAAAUUUGGGGUGGGGGGAGACCCCAAAAUUGGGGAUUUGGGGUCGGUUUGUGCUGAGGGGGGGGAGUCCCCAAAUCCCCCUCCUGUACCCCAAUAAAGGCGUCCCCCCAAAAUUGGGGGUGUGAAUGGG